AUGUCAAAUUGUAAUACCGUCUCCUUGAAUUCAAUGAUUGCGGAUUAUGUCCAACAUGGUAUUGAAACAAAAUCAUUAUAUCUUUUUCAACAAAUGCUGGAGACAAAUGUUGUGCCUACUAACAUAACCUUCAUCUCUGUCCUUUCUGCAUGUGCACAUACCGAGAAAGUUGAGGAGAGUCAGGGUUAUUUCAAUAUUAUGAAGGAGAAGUUUGGAAUUGAACCAGAUGCAGAGCAUUAUUCAUGCAUGAUAGAUCUUUUGGGUCGUGCUGGAAAAUUGAGUGAAGCUGAAAGGCUGAUUGAGACAAUGCCAUUUAGCCCUGGCUCCAUUAGUUGGGCUGCAUUACUCAUUGCCUGUAGAACGCAAGGAAACAUGGAGCCAGCUGUAAAGUAUGGCAAUCACUUUCUUCAGUUGGAACCUCCAAAUGCUGCUCCAUAUGUCAUGCUUGCUAAUAUUUAUGCCAGUGCUGGCAAAUGGGAAGAGGUAGCAACAAUUCAAAAGCUUAUGCUAGAUAGAGGUGUGAAGAAGAAACCAGGUCGUAGUUGGAUAAAGGUGAAUAAGAGGAUACACGUGUUUGUAGUUGAAGAUAGUUCACACCCAAUGAUAAAGGAAAUUCAUGAAUACUUUGAGGAGAUAUCGUGCAAGAUGAAAUUAGCUGGGUAUGUGCCAGAUGUGAGAUGGGCUUUGGUAAAAAAUGAUGAAACGGUGCAGGGAGAGAAGGAGAUUAGGUAA